AUGCCACCAAGGAGGAUUGGGCGACCCCGAGGGAGAGGGAGAGGAAGAGGAAUUGGAGUAGUGCCACCACCCGAACAGGAAGAAUUUGAGGAACAACGUGAAAUAACUCCACCACCCCCACCACCUCUAGUAUCAGAUCGAAGAAAAGAAGAGAUUUUCCUGAAACAAAAACCACCAAUAUUUGAUGGUAUGGGUGAUCCUACGGAUGCAGAAACUUGGAUACGCACAAUUGAACGCAUUUUCAACUUAUUUCACUUCACAGAUCCAGAGCGCUUAAUUUGUGUGCCUUUCCAAUUAAAAGGGUCGGCAGAUUACUGGUGGGAGGCACGCAAAAAAAUAAUGGGGGCUCAAGAGUUAACUAAUAUGACCUGGGAGCAAUUCAAGGAAGGAUUCUAUGAGAAAUAUAUUCCCAAAAGUUACCGGAAGAAUAAGGAAAUGGAAUUUUAUAAUCUGAAACAAGGGAGGAUGUCAGUAACAGAUUACGAGCGUAUAUUCACUGACAUGUCCAGAUAUGCCCCGGAUCAGGUUAACACAGAGGAAAAAUUGGCUGAAAAAUUUUGUGGUGGGUUAAGACAUGAAAUAAGAAUGGCACUGGCAAGCCAUGGUGGAUUAUCUUAUUCUGAAUCUCUUCAACGAGCGCUUGCCAUUGAGUCAGCAAUGCCAGUAGAGAAACCUAUGCCUAGUGUACCACCGCCACGUGCUCAAAUUCAAAGUCCAGGAGACAAAAGAAAGUGGGAUGGUAAUCAAACUCAGUGUGAACAAAAGAAACCAUGGUAUGGCCAAGAUUAUGCGCAGAACUUUCCAAGACAGCUCACUUUCAAUUCAGCGGGAAGCCGACCAAGUCCCAUUCCAUGCUCCAAUUGUAACAAGAUACAUAAUGGGAUAUGUAGAGCCGGGACUGAAGCUUGUUAUAAGUGUGGUAAAAUUGGUCAUUUUGCAAAAAAUUGUCCAACCAAGUCUUAUGGAAGGGGUACAGGACCCUAUCCACUAGGACAACACUCCCCGCUACGGGCGGUAAAUGUACAACCUCAGAGAGGUCAGCAACAACCCCCACGAUGUCUGCAACACCAUCAACUGAGGCUUCCAACACAGGCCAGGGCCUACGCACUGAGGCGGGAGCAACCUGAGGGAGAAAAAGGAAAUCUGGCAGGUAUGGCCAUGCUACUUGACAUACCUGUCAUUUUAUUAUUUGAUACUGGAGCUUCACAUUCUUUUAUAUCGGACUCUUGUGUUGAUACCUUGAGACUGACAACUGAACCAGCUGAAUAUAAAAUCAAGGUAACCUCACCCGUCGGAGGAAUUAUAGAAAUCACUCGAACUUGCUCGAACAUAGAAGUCUUAUUGGGGGAACAUAGGAUCCUAGUUAGUAAUUUGAAGGUCCUGAAAAUGUGUGAUGUUGACCUUAUACUAGGAAUGGAUUGGUUGGCUGAAAACCAUGUCACCAUCCAAUGUAAAGAAAGAAAAAUUUUCUUUCAAAACACAAGCGAAGCACUAACAAGUUUCUAUGGGGUCACCAUGAAUAAACGACAAUCCAUAAUCUCUGCCUUACAAGCAGCAACAUUAAUAAGAAAAGGGUGUUCCGCUUACCUCGUUUACCAGAACGAGGAACAUAAGAAAAAAAUGGAAAUCGGGGAUGUGAACGUCGUGCGUGAGUUUCCAGACGUGUUUCCUGAUGUUCUACCUGGGUUACCACCUGAUAGACAACUGGAAUUUAACAUUGAUUUGGAACCUGGAUCUGCCCCAAUAUCGAAAGCACCAUACCGGAUGGCGGCAAAGGAAUUGGGAGAACUCAAGAUACAGUUACAGGAACUCAUGGAUCUAGGCUUUGUCAGACCUAGCACUUCACCAUGGGGAGCUCCUGUACUCUUUGUCAAAAAGAAGGAUGGAUCGCUAAGAAUGUGUAUUGCUAUCGGGAACUGA